GCCAUGGAGAGGGUCCGAACUUGCACCGGGCGAUCCGUCCAACGUCAAGAAAAGCUCGAAGCUAAGCUACCUUCGCGCUGGAACAUGCACCUUCGCGUCCGAAGCUCCGCCUGUAUCUACGUGUACAUCCUCCAUUGGUUGCUUACCCCUGAAACACCGCCGUUCCAUGGGCCGGCCCGCUCCUCCGGGCGCUUAUGUACCUCGCCUCUCUCUCACGUAGGGAAACCGAGAGGGUCCCCAAAGUAAAUAAAUAAUAACAAAAUAGAAUAAGAGUCUGGAAAUGACGGUCCUGCCCCUCGCCCGCGACGGCAGGAAGCCCCGCCGGCCAAGCCGCGCCCCGCUCCUCCCCAAGCUCGGCGGAGGCCACGAGGGCGCUGAUGCCGCCGGCGAAGGCGGGUUCGAUGGCGCCUCCUUCUCCGGCGCCGUCUUCAACCUCUCCACCACCGUCGUGGGCGCGGGGAUCAUGGCCCUCCCGGCCGCCGUCAAGGUGCUCGGCCUCGUCCCGGGCCUCGCCAUGAUCGUCCUCGGCGCCCUCCUCACCGAGGCCUCCAUCGACAUGAUCCUCCGCGCCGGCCGGCCGCCGUCGGGCCCCCGGGCCACCUCCUACGCCGCCGUCGUCGGCGACGCCUUCGGCAGCGCCGGUCGGGCCCUCCUCCAAACCUGCGUCGUCGUCAACAACCUCGGCAUGCUCAUCGUCUACAUGAUCAUCAUCGGGGACGUGUUAUCCGGGACGUCACCAUCGGACGGCGGAGAUCACCACACGGGCGUGCUGGAGGGGUGGUUCGGCCGGCACUGGUGGACCGCUCGCUCCUUCGUGCUGCUCGCCACCACCCUCUUGGUCUUCGCCCCUCUCAUCUCCUUCAAGCGCGUGGAUUCGCUGCGGUACACGUCGGCGCUGUCGGUGGCGCUGGCGCUAGUCUUUGUGGUCGUCACCGCGGGGAUCGCCGUCGUCAAGUUGAUGGAUGGCAGCGCCGGCCUGCCGAGACUGCUCCCGGAAAUUCUGAACCAGGCUUCUUUCUGGAAGCUCUUCACCACCGUGCCGAUUCUGGUCACUGCUUACAUCUGCCAGUACAGUGUGCACCCGAUUGAGAAUGAGCUCAAGGACCCAAGCCAGAUGAAGUCCAUAACUCGUGCCACAAUGUGUCUGUGCUCGACCGUGUAUGUGGCUACAAGCCUGUUUGGAUUCAUGUUGUUUGGGGAGGAAACAAUGGACGACGUUCUGGCCAACUUUGACGCAGACCUGGGCUUCCCCACCUAUGGUGCCCUCCUCAGUGGCAUAGUGAGGGUGAGCUAUGUGUUGCACCUGAUGCUGGUGUUUCCCAUCAUCUUCUACUCCCUUCGCCUCAACCUUGAUGGCCUCCUCUUCCCACUGGCCAUCCCCCUCACCUAUGAUGGGCAGAGAUUUGCUGCCAUCACAGUGGGGCUGAUGGGAGCAGUGUUUUGCGGUGCUAACUUCGUGCCCAGCAUAUGGGAUGCGUUUCAGUUCACAGGCGCAACUGCGGCGGUGGCCAUCGGCUUCAUCUUCCCUGCAGCUGUUGCACUCAGGGAUGUUUAUGAAGUCAUGACGAGGAAGGACAAGGUUUUGGCGUGCUUCAUGAUACUAUUGGCGGUUUCUUCCAGCACUAUCGCCAUAUCCAGCGACAUCUAUGGUAUCUUUACAAAUGAAAGCGGCAGCUAAUGUGAUGACUCUAUCCCUGGCUUUCUUCUCGGUGCUCGUGGCAGCUUGCAACGAUUCACCUAGGAAUUACGAGUGAUUUCUUCGGGGAUACUUCCAUGCGUGUAUUGUGUGGGUGUUCCCUGAUUCUUUCCUUCUGCUGUGUUGUAAAUCCUCUACUUGAGAAGUAGAGGGAGCAGGUCUAGUUUGUUACUGUUACAUGAGGACAUCGACAUGAGAGGGCUAUUUUAUGGGGUACAUUUGUUCUGAGACAAUAUACAGGAGGUGUUAAAUGGCUCGCAUCACAUUGCAUUUUCUUGGCA